AUGUCCAUGUUCUUGGCGUCUCGAAUAAGGGAGAUUAGUAAAGCUGAGCUGGCAUUGAAAAGCCAGAUGGGAGAAGAUGAGAAGAGAACAGAAUGCACUACAGGAGAAGCAGAAGCCUUUGGUGUGGUUGUAUUGGGCUUUCCCUACAACCACUUUGAGAAACAAGAGCAAGGAGAGAAUUCAGAGGUCCUUUUCGGGCUGAAGUAUGUGCAUUCAGGUAGUGGCUUUAUCCCCAGUUUUCAGUUCUUUGAAAAAGGGAAUGUGAAUGGAGAAAAAGAACAGAAGGUCUCUACCUUCCUGAAAAACUCCUGCCCUCCAACCUCCGAUCUUUUGACGCCCUCAAGCCAACUCUUCUGGGAGUCCAUAAAGGUCCAUGACAUCUGCUGGAACUUUGAGAAGUUCUUGGUGGCACCUGAUGGAAUCCCUGUCAUGUGCUUGUUUUACUGGGAUUCAGUCAGCGCAGUGAAGUCAAAUAUCCUGGAGUACCUGAAGCAGUUCAACACUGAGUAG